AUGUCUUUCGGUAGGUUGCUUGGCACAUUCCGAGCUGAUAAGAGUGUCCGUUGCACGAACAGGAAAAGGUUUGAAUAUUCAUAUCUAAAACCGUUCCAAAUUCCUGCUGCCGGUUGCCAUGGGAAUUUGAUCGCUAUUGUCCAUUUAAGAGUUGUAGAACUUACGAUAAGCAUAAUUAUCACGUUGUGUUUGGGUUCGAUAUGGUGCUCCCAAGAUAUUAGGGAUGUGGAAUCACCGGGAGUUCAAGAUGACCACUGGUUACUGCUAUCUGGGAUUGGCGAAAAUGAUUGCAAGGGUGACGAGAAUGACUGGAUAAAGCCCUCUGUUAUCGGAUAUUUGGUCGGCCUACUUACCGGCGCUGUUUUUGGUGUCGCUCUAUGUGCAGCAUUCAUUUACCAUUGUAUCCUUAAGAAUCUCAAAUUUCUGUAG